GCCUCACCAGAAAAUAUGACCUCAGCCCACGGAGCGGUAAGGAUGCGCUCUUGGAAGCUUCUUUUUUAAAUAGCUAUCUGUUCCCCUGCACAUCUUUUCUCUCUCCAUCCUCUCUUCAUUCAAACCUAUCUUCCCCUCUCUACAAACAACCCCCCAAAACACAUCAACAUGCCUAUCUCUAUUCCCAAGGGCGAGAAGCUUCUUGACCUUCUGUCCAUGAAGGGCAAGGUCACCAUUGUCACUGGUGCCUCCGGUCCCCGCGGUAUGGGUAUCGAGGCUGCUCGUGGUAUCGCCGAGAUGGGCGGUAACGUCGCUCUUACCUACGCUGGCCGUAAGGAGGGUGGUGAGAAGAACGCCGCCUCCCUCGAGAAGGAGUACGGCAUCAAGGCCAAGGCCUACAAGCUCGACGUCGCCAACUACGAGUCCUGCCAGCAGCUCAUCAAGGACGUCAUUGCCGACUUCGGUCAGAUUGACGCCUUUGUCGCCAACGCUGGCAAGACCGCCGACUCUGGUCUUCUCGAUGGCGAGAUCUCCGCCUUCGAGGAGGUUAUUCAGACCGAUCUCCUCGGUGUCGCAUACUGCGCCAAGGCCGUCGGUCACCACUUCAAGGAGCGCCAGACCGGUUCUUUCGUCAUCACUGCCUCAAUGUCUGGUCACAUCGCCAACUUCCCUCAGGAGCAGACCUCUUACAACGUCGCUAAGGCUGGCUGCAUCCACAUGGCCCGCUCCCUCGCCAACGAGUGGCGCGACUUCGCCCGUGUCAACUCCAUCUCCCCUGGAUACAUUGACACCGGUCUCUCGGACUUCGUCGACAAGGAGACCCAGAAGCUCUGGCACUCCAUGAUCCCCAUGGGCCGUGACGGUGACGCCAAGGAGCUCAAGGCUGCCUACGUCUACUUCUGCUCUGACGCCUCUACCUACACCACUGGUUCCGACCUCGUCAUUGACGGUGGUUACUGCGCCCGCUAGACAGAUCGCUGGCUGAUCUGUUGAUGUGUGUGUUGCCUCGACAUCUACUUUCUAUAUCAAAAUAGUUAAUUUAUCAUGACGGACAUGAAAUGAAAACAAAAUACCCAAUCUACUCAAUCUUCUGAUCCAAA